AUGGCUACGAACCUAAACACAGUCAAUGGUGCUCCACUGCCUCCAGGCAUUACCUACUUCUCUCGCAUCAGCGAUACAGACCAUGCUGGCUAUGUCUGGAUCGUCGCAUUGCUGUCCUUGAUCUAUCCAUUUGGCACCUUGCUGGUACGACUAACUGUCAGAUGGGGCCUUUAUGGAUCUGACGACUGGGUGUUGCUAAUGGCAACUUUCAUGGCUGCUUGUCAGCACAUCCCUAUCUUUGUUGGCUUGAAGGCGGGGUUCGGCCAGUCCAGCAAAAUGCUCCAGCAAGAUCAGAUCCAGAAUAUCGAUGAAACCGUGUACGCAGCUGAAGUCAUGUUCGUACUGGCAUACACGCUUUCCAAAGUCUCGCUUGCUUUGUUCGUCAGGCGUCUCUUCACCCACAACACAAGACUCAAUGCUGUGUUGUGCUGGUCGUUGUUGGGUAUCACGAUAGCAUGGGGUGUAGUUGCUCUGUUCGUUCUUCUUGUCAACUGCUCGCCAUAUCAUUUCUUCGCUCAAGCAGAGAAUUGUCCGUCCUAUNNGUUAGUGUGUCCAUACUGCGAUUCGAGUGUCCCACUGAUCUCAAGACAGAUCUCUCGAUGGCAAACCGUAACGAUAUUCGACAUCGUCACAGAAGCUGCUCUCAUGGUCGUCCCCUCCUACCUAGUAUCUGGCGUCCUGAUAGGUAAGCGACCGAAGAUGCUUGUUAUGACCGCUUUCGCAUUCAGACUCGCGGUGAUCGGAUUUUCCAUCAUGCAUAUGCGACGACUCUCGCAAACGGUCCGCGCGAAAGACAAGGGCUUUUCUUUCAUACCACCCGUCAUCUACAUUCAGAUAUGGCUGGCGUGGUCGCUGAUUAGCGCAUCGAUACCGUCGUUCCGGUCGUUCAUGAGUCCAUUCGACAACAUCACCGUCGCAAAGACGGACGACUCGCAUAGUGCUUCGCGCAACGAGGUCAAUGGUGCAUAUCUUUUGAUGGGUCCCCUCAAGUCGCAUCAUCGGAAUCACAUCGCAUCGGUGCGAUCAGCAGCCCAUGGGCCAAGCUUGAGCUCGAGGCUCGGCACAAGGACGUCAGUACACCAUGAGCAUCGCGAUCGAGGUCUUGAUGAGAAUCAGUCAAUCAGCUCUCAGACAGGCAUCAUACGCAAGNNGGACGUCGAAUGGGAAAUUUCACACGAUUUUGAGCCGCUAUGA